GCGAAGAUAGGAGUCCGUCUGCAUCCUCUUCGUCCUCAACAAGUGAGGAUGUGGAGAUAAUUGAAAUAGGGGGUCCUGCUGACGACGGGAAUAAAGCACUGGAGUCCGUUGUGGGUGCUGAUGGACUAAGGCAGUUCAUCAUGUUACCAGAGUGGACAGUGCAUAGGUUCACGUCCGUCAUCCGGGAGAGACACUUCAGUACCUUUAGAACCAAUUUUCAGAUACCAGAUUACAUUCCAAUCCGUCUCCCCUACGUGUCGGAGAAAUGUUAUUAUGACGGGGUAGAAGGCGUUGGAGUGUACGAGCAGGUGUUGAAGGCUGGACUUCGGUUCCCGCUCUCUACACUCCAUAGAGAACUCUUACAUUACCUGGGACUGUCCGUCACCCAGAUUUCUCCGAACGCCUGGAGGGUCUUCAUAGCAAUGGAGAUUCUUUAUGGUGCAUGGUCAGACGGAGAAAGGAGAUUGACGGUCCGUGAAUUUCUUCACUGUUACCGUCCAGAUGAGAUUGACAGAUCAAGGGGGUUGUACCGUUUUGCUAGUCGAAGUCCCCUGUUGAAGAUUAUCUUUGAGACCCCAGACUCAAAUAGAGACUGGAAGAGUCGCUACUUCUUCCUGGAGGGUGACAGAUGGAUGAACCGUCCAGGAGAGACGGAGUACAUGCCCGUCGAUACAACUUGGGGAAUAAUAAACCAAUUACGUAUACAUCCGUCUUACUUGUCCUUUUUUACAUAUCCGUACACUUUUAUGUGCGUAUUUUGACCGUCUGUCUUUGCAGGUAGACAGCGUCCGCAGAUUAGCCUCGAGGAAUUUAGUUUCCUUGAAGAGAUUUGCAGAAAAACUAGGCCAGAGGAAAGGACCUGGGCUAAGUUAGUGAAUCCAAAGACAAUACACUGGUAUUGUGACGGUCCAGAACCUACCCGUGAGGCCAUUGCAUACGACGAAAGAAUACACAAACAAAUGGACGACGCCAAGAGAAGGGCAAUGAUAAAAUCUCUAGCCGUCGAGCAAAAGAAGACGGGUGAGAUCGUUGUUCCCAGUGUGCCGGGGUCAUCGGGUAAGAGGAAGCAGCCACCAAAGUCCGACCGUCCACUCAAGCAGCCAAAGGUGUCAAUGGAGCCCGUGGUGGGCUUGAUGGCUGAGGGCCCUAAGGCCGUCACCCAAGUUAAACAAGGGGCCGGUAAGGGCCUAAUGCAUGCUCCACCCGUCAGCGGGGAGAAGCCCCCUCCCCUUCUCCGUGAGGACUCGAAGUUCGCUUUGGAGAAGCUUACGUCCAUACUUUCUGCAGAGGAUUAUGAGGAUCUUGGGAAUCAUUCGACGGAGGUGAUGGGGGAGACGGGGUUAUUUGCCGUCGGACAGUCCUUGGUUAUGAUGAAGGGCUUGAUGGACCGCUGCCUCAACCGUGAAGCGGCUCUGGAACGGGUACGGUCAAAGCUUGGGCAGACGGAAGAGGAGCUUAGCCAGCUGCACAAGUGGAAGGCCACGAUGGAGCAGAAGUUCGAACUCUCUGAGAAGACGAGAGAAGAACUUGAACAGAGGACGGAGGAGGCUGGGAAGGCCUUGAAGGUUAAAGCAGACGAGGUGAAGGAUCUGAAGAAAAAACUCCGUCAUGCAAGGGAUGACGCCGUCAGCGAAUAUCGCAACUCCGAGUCUUUGCUGAAGGAGCUGGCAGGAUCGUUCCUUCAAGGCUUCGACGAUUCGCUCCGUCAGGUGAAGAAGGCCUACCCAGAUCUGGACUUGUCCAUGAUAACACUAACUGAUCAAGGUCAGACGUCUGCUCUACCCGUCGCCUCCGAAAAUACAGAGGAUCUCUUUGGAGAAGAGGCAGCUCAGGGUGACGGAGAGUCCGCUAUGCCGAAUGAGGUCGCUGUUGUCGACCCCAAUAAAGCAGAGUAA